UCCUGAAGUGUGUCCAAAUUGGUGGUUCGGCAGAACAUAAGGCUUUGCAUCGCUGCCGCAGCCUCUCUACCUCCAUUCCUUUCCUCCUUCCUCUCCCGUUCCUCCUCCGUAUCCGUUACGGCUCCAGCUGCGAGCCUCCGGUUCGUUUUCCGAGGUGGGCGGGCAUAGCCACAGCACGUGGCCGCGCCAUGCCGCCCGGAGCGGCGUCGCGGCGAUGGGGUUGACUGCCUAGUCUUGCGUGCCCUCGGGCGUGCGCGACUCCCAGAAGAUGCCGUUCGGAUUCGCCUCGGACAGCGCGAAAAACAGCUUCGGAGAGUCAGCCUAUCGACCCAGGGUGCCGCCUGUGACCCUGAUCUUUCUGUUCACUCUCGGCUCUGUUUGGUCCGGGGCGCUGGUGCCGUGGAGACGUGUGGAGCUCUUGAAGGACGAGCUCGCCGGCAGCAGCGCGCGCCGUGGCAGUUCUUUUUCAGCAGACGAGCGUGCCACUGACGAUACCAACGCCACUGUGUCAGUGAGCUUGCUGGCCUCCGUCGCCUACUUCGGCGGCGGCUUGAUGAGGAGAGGCUUUGGGUACUUUACUCAGUCGUUCAUCGGGCUGGCGCGGAUCACGCUCGUGGUCUCCAUCUCGCAGUUGGGAACCGCCGCGAAUAUGUAUGGCCUGUUUGUGUUCAGUUAUCUGGACGAGAUGCAGGCUAGAGGCGCCAGCGCCAUGGUCACCAAGUUUGCACUCGCGGCCAGCGACGACCUUGGGGCCUCCUUCAGUUUCUUGGCGUGCAUCUGCAUCAUCUUCUCUUAGCUUCUCAUGCUCGCAACCCGGCACUACUCUGGGACCUCGCAUGAGCAGAGCGACGAGAAGACCAGAGAGAAUAAUAUGUUCACGGCCCAUUUGCAGGCCCACGCAGGCUACGGCCGCGGCGGCGCUCUCCAGAGCGCGGCAGUGCCGGCCCAGCCAAGACUGCAGGCCGAGCAGAUAAGCGACCUGAGCGUCCGCCUCAUCGGCGCGCAGGGCUGGAGUCCGAGGAACGCGAGGGACUCCUGUCGAAACGCCUCGCGGAGGCGCGCCGGACGAAGCGGGAGCUCAACAGGGGCUGGGUGGCCGAGUAUGUUCGCUUGUGCGACGAAUUGGAGGGGCUUCAGUCGGCAUUCCAGGCCCAGGCUGUCACCGCCAGGGACUAGCUUUAUACCAGCUCGCGGAAGCGAAGGGCCCACGCCAUGAGGCAGAGCGAUGUCGAGCAGGGGCCUGAGGCUGCCCCGAUCCUGUACGCCCGCGCCCGGCGGCGUGGCGACGGGCUCGCCCCCCCCCCCCCCCCAAGCUGUACGGGAUGUCACGUGCUUUGUGGACAUCGCGGAGGGAGACGCCUUUGUGGAGAGCGUGAUUAGGGGAACAAAAAGUGGGCGUGAGGUGUACGCGAUACGCAGUGGUGGCCUUGGGAUGGCGGGCCGCGCCCACAGCCGCGCUGGCGACCUGCGACUGGGCCGACAGCGGCACUGGCGGCUGCGCCGAGGGCGCUGCCGACAGCUUCGCUGACUAUUGCUCUGACUGCCGCGUCCGCCGCUGCACCAACGACGGCGCCGGCCAACAGGUUCCCCGACAGCCGCGCCGACGACAAGGCGGAGGCUGAGGGCCGCCAGGACGGCUGCGCCGACACCCUCCCCGACAGCUGCGCCGACUGCGCCAGCCUCCCCGACAGCUGCGCCGACUGCG